AUGCUCUCGAUGUCUAAUGGGGCCCGACAAAACUGCCAUUUUUCAACGGCUUGCGGCGUCACUCGCGCAGGGACAAGUUUGCGCGGCGUGGCGCAGGCCAAGGCUAGGCCGGUCUCAAGGACGAUGCGCAUGGCCAACUCCCAGCGCCUCGGCGACCCCAUUGGACAAAUGCUGGACAAGACGGACGUCUUCAUCUUCGACUGUGACGGCGUGAUCUGGAAGGGCGACAGCCUCAUCGAAGGCAUACCCUCCGUCCUUGACCGUCUACGACAGGCUGGAAAACGGAUAUUCUUCGUAACGAACAACUCUACCAAGAGCCGCAAGGGUUACAAGUCCAAGUUCGACUCCCUCGGGUUGAGCGUGGAGCCCGAGGAGAUUUUCUCAUCGAGUUUUGCGGCCGCGGCAUACCUAGAACAGACAAGGUUCAAGGACACCGGGAAAAAGGUACACGGCGGUGCUAGAGUAUCAGUGAAGUAUGGACAGGACGUGGGCGCGAAAGUUGGAGGACAAGCAGAUGCAGGCAUCGAGGAGGAGCUAGACCUCAUCGGUGUGCCUCACUUCGGGGGACCCUCGGACGGGAGUAAAGGGGUGGAGCUCAAGCCGGGCUUCGCCCUCCCGCACGACGAGAACGUGGGAGCCGUGGUCGUCGGGUUCGACAGGAUGAUCAACUAUUACAAGAUUCAGUACGCCCAGCUGUGCAUCAACGAAAACCCCGGGUGCGAAUUUAUCGCCACCAACACGGACGCGGUCACCCACCUCACCGACGCGCAGGAGUGGGCUGGGAACGGCGCGAUGGUCGGAGCCAUCAAGGGAUGCACCGGGGUGGAGCCGACGAUCGUAGGCAAGCCUGGUCCCCUGAUGAUCGACUACAUCAUCCAGAAGUACAACGUUGAGAGGUCGCGCAUUUGCAUGGUCGGCGACCGCUUGGACACCGACGUGCUUUUCGGAGCCAACAAUGGCCUGAUGAGCAUCCUCACAUUGAGCGGCGUCACGACCGAGGAGAAGCUGCUUAGCCCGGAGAACAAGAUCAACCCUGACUACUACGUAAACAGCAUCAACGACUUCUUCCCUUACUACACGUAGUAGACACGCAGGGUUGCACUCAUUGGUAAACAUCAUCAACGACUUCUUCCCUUACUACACGUAGUAGACGCGCAGGGUUGCACCCAUUGGUAAACGUUUCGUGUGAACACGGAACGGCUGCAAGAGAGACAAAGCAUGUCCUGUUUCGCGUCGAAGAUGGUGCUUCUUCCCUUGUCGGACCAGCUGAGACGAAUGUAACCCGUCUCUAAAAGGCAUGAAUAGCAAAGAUACGCUGAGGAUAUGACGAUUUUUACCGGUAUAGUUUUUCUAGAUUUUUCUCGCUGCCUAGGUGUGGUGUUGUGGAUAAUAUGCACCACCCUAUUUCGGGAGGACGUUUUCACGGAAUUAUUGAAGGCGAAGUAGCUCAUUCCGGCGACCGGAGUAUUGAUGUUUUUAGUCCACCCGAUGCCAGACACACAUUUUGUUCUUAGGGCUGUAUCGGCCAGCUAUAGGUAAGAAACUUAUCCACCGCUGAGCUGUGUUUUCACCCCCAGUUUUGAAUGUUCGGGGAGAAUAUUUAAUAUUUUGGUUUGUCUCCCUCGCGGCCAGGUACUACUGCUGUAAUGCUGCGCUCGUUCUGGCACAUAGUUGCACCUGUUGCUGAGAAGGAAAUAGAGCUGUCACGAGUCCAGAUGAUGCAGAUAGAGUGAAUAGAUGGCGAGAUGUUGAUAUUUGGCAGCCUGCUGAUAGUCGUUGUGAUGGUUGACCGCGACAGAAUUGAUGCUUCCAAUCAUUCCCGCGGGUUUUCCUGUGUUCUUUUCUUCGCUACCGGUGGGUCUUGCUUUGCAGGGCGAAAACUGUGAUGGUCUGAACGGUUGCAGAUGCCGAGAGGGUGUUUUCCAUGUAUUUUUGCACGUUGAUCGUGCUGUAGAUGAUGUUGAAAUUCGCGCAUUCGGUCAUCCUUCUCACCAACGCGUUCAACAACUCCGGUGCGACCGCACUCCCCGUACCGACUAUUUUGCGGUCAACCUAAAAUGGUUGCAAU